AUGAAAAUUCCCCCAGGGCUUUCUGCUCCUUCAACUUCUUCCAGUUCUGCCCCCUUGGUAUGCAAACUUCAAAAAUCCCUUUAUGGUCUUAGAGAAGCUUCUCGACAGUGGUAUGCAAAGUUAUCACAAGCUCUUUUCUCCAGAGGGUAUAUUCACUCAUUGAUUGACUAUUCAUUAUUUGUUAAGAAGUCUCCAUCCUCUACUGUUUUUCUUGCUGUUUAUGUGGAUGACAUUAUCCUUAGUAGAGAUGAUUUUUCUGAGAUUUCAGCUCUUAAGUCAUUUUUGGAUGCCCAAUUCAGAAUUAAGGAUUUGGGACUCCUUCAUUAUUUUUUGGGUAUUGAGGUUCUUUAUCACUCCUCAGGUAUUAUUUUGCAUCAAAAGACGUUCAUAAACGAUUUGCUUACUGAAUAUCAUUGUUCUGAUGUUUCUGAGGUCGUUGCUCCUUUAGACAUUUCACUUAAACUACAUGCUGAUGUUGGGGAUUUGUUGCCUGAACCUGAUAAGUAUAGGAGUUUAGUUGAGAAGUUGAAUUAUUUGACUCACACUAGGCCUGAUCUAUGCUUCACUGUCCAGCACCUUAGCUAG